GCUUGGUGAUCAUAAUGUGAUAGAGUGUAUUCUCCGGCAACACCCUGUUAUAAAUGCUGGUGGAUUGUAACACAAUGGCAGAACCACCAAAGUACAGUCUUGGAAGAAGAGAUAGUAUUGAUCUGCCUCCAUUUAUGGGUCUCAGUAAAAGUCUUCAUCUGACCGAAGAGUGCCAGUGUCCAGUGUGUCUGGAUGUGUUCACUGAUCCAGUCACCACUCCAUGUGGACACAACUUCUGCAAGACCUGCCUGAUACAAUGCUGGGACAACAGUCAGGAUUACAGAUGCCCAUUGUGUAAAGAAACCUUCAGCAAAAGACCUGAAGUAAAGAGCAACACAGUUCUUAGAGAAAUUGUGCAAAUCUUUAUGGACAGCACAAAGGAAGACCCAUUACACACAGACGGUCCUCUGUCUGAAGAGCUCCAGUGUUCAGUGUGUCUGGAUGUGUUCAAUAAUCCAGUGACCACUCCAUGUGGACACAACUACUGUAAGACCUGCCUGGAAAAGUGCUGGGACUACAGUCACGUCUGCAUCUGUCCAUACUGUAAAGAGACAUUCAGUAAUCGCCCUGAUCUAAAGUGCAACACAGCUCUUAGGGAGAUUGUGCAGCUCUAUGAGAAAAACACAGAUUACAAAAGGGAGCAGCCAAUGGAGACAGAAUAUUCAACGUCAUUGGGAACAGCAGUCCAUGAGGAGCCUCUGUGCAAACCUUUAAUGAUGGCUUGCUCAUGCUGUGUCGUGACUGAAAACCCUGCAUGCUUUAUUUGUCUGGAGUCUUCAAUCGAUGUUGUGUGGACUCCAUGUGGACACAGCUUCUGUAAGGCCUGCCUCAAGGAAUGCUGGGAAAUCAGUCAUGACAGCAGAUGUCCAUGCUGUAAAGAAAGCUUCACUGAGAGAGAAACUUCACUUCUCGAGCAGCUGCGGUCUCAAUCUGAGUGCUCUUACCAAAUGAAAGAAGUUGCAAACAUAAAGGAGGUCAUAAUGAUCAAUCCUGAAAUGAUCCAGAAGCUUGACAGAGCUUUGGAGAUGUUUGGUGGAGAUGAUUGUGUGUCUUGUGUUGAGGGAGACCACAAAACAAACAACACUCGUUCUGCUAAAGACGAGAGUGAAAAGAAGAAGGAUAUUAAUCCUAAAAUAAUCCAGAAACAUGGAGCUUUGGGAAUGUUCAGCUUGGGUGAUCAGACAUUUGAGCGGUUUUGCGUUGAGGAAGACCACGAGAUCCACAAUACUGUUCCUGUAAAAGAUGAGAAUGAGAAGAAGAAGGUAAUGUAGAAUAAAAAUGUAUAAGAUGGCCUUUAAAAAGUAAUAAUAUUUUCUCCUCUCAGCAGGUGAAGAUGCACGAGCUUGUGCAGCAGAUGAUGGAGGGCACAAGGAAGAGAAGUUCUCUAAAGGGAGACAAAUUCUCUGAAAUUAAAAGCAAA